UACAUGACCGGAGGAGGGAAAACUCUGCCAUUAUACGUCGUGACUUUUCCUCGUCAUCGGCGGAAGGUCAGCGAACACAACCGGAAAGCAAGACUACUAACCCGAUCCGCCAUUGUGGAGCAAAAGUGGGGGGAAAAACGGAAGGGUUGCUGUUUUACUCCCCAUCGGACGACACGCUGAGUGAAUGUUUCGGAGCGACUCGAGUCCCAUUCUCCAGUCCAGCAAGUCGACAUCCGUGGCCUCCGUCGUCUAAAGCGUGAGAGAGCCGGUGGAGUUGGCCGAGGCGCAGCGGGGAGAGAGCGAGAGCCAAGCGAGGAAACAGCGCACAGGUAGCGGGCAGCAGUGGCAGCAGAGACCGUGGACACUCAGCACAGCAAGCAGCUCGGGCUCCUGGAGGAUGUCUGCCACAACUGUCGACCAGAGACCUAAAGGACAAGGAAAUAAAGUGCAAAACGGUUCAAUGCAUCAGAAGGAUGCUGUAAAUGAUGAUGACUUUGAGAAUUACUUGAGCAGCCAGACAAAUCAGAGUAAUAGCUACCCACCAAUGUCUGACCCCUACAUGCCCAGCUACUAUGCCCCAUCUAUCGGAUUCCCUUACUCUCUGGGUGAAGCUGCUUGGUCUACCGCAGGAGACCCUCCUAUGCCCUACUUGACCACCUAUGGACAGAUGAGCAAUGGUGAGCACCAUUUCAUCCCGGAUGGAGUAUUCAGCCAGCCUGGAGCUCUAGGCAACACACCUCCCUUUCUCAGCCAACAUGGAUUUAACUUCUUUCCUGGCAAUGCAGACUUUUCCACCUGGGGCACCAGUGGCUCACAGGGACAGUCUACGCAGAGCUCAGCGUACAGCAGCAGCUACGGCUAUGCCCCCAGCUCUCUGGGCAGGGCCAUCGCGGACGGACAAGCAGGGUUUGGCAGUGACACGCAGCUUAGUAAAGUUCCGGGUCUCAGCAGUAUCGAUCAGGGCAUGGCUGGACUCAAGCUUGGGUCCGACAUGGCGGCCGUCACUAAAACUGUGGGUUCUCCUCUUGGAGGAACCGCAGGUAUGAGCAGUAUGGCAGCCAACAGCAUGCCGCCUGUAAGCUCUUCUGCUCCUAAGCCCACAUCAUGGGCAGCUAUAGCUAAAAAACCUGCUAAACCACAGCCCAAGCUAAAGCCUAAAACCAAUACUGGCAUGGGAAGUGGUGCUGUGAUUCCUCCUCCUCCUAUAAAGCAUAACAUGAACAUUGGUACUUGGGAUGAUAAAGGCUCCAUCACGAAGCAAACCCUUGCUCAACAGAUGCUGCCACCUCAGCCCCUGGUGCAGCAACAGCUCCUGGCCCAGCCCCAGCCCUUAUUGCAAAGCCCACUGCCUCCACAGCCUCAGCACCAGCAGAUCCAGCUGCAGUCCCCCCAGCCCCCUCAGCAGCUCCCCCCAGGCCCCCCUCACCCUCUCCAACACCAUCCCUCUCAGCCUGGUCCCCCUCAGCCCCCACACCCACUCCCUCAGCAGAACGCACCACCUCAAAACCGUUGGGUGGCCCCGAGGAACCGGGUCGCGACCUUCAACCAGAACAGUGGGGCCGAAACCUUCGGCCUGGGUACCGGGGUGCCCUUGAGCACCUCACCCUCCUCCAGUGAGGUCCACCCCGUGCUGGAGAAACUUAAAGCCCUCAACAACUACAACCCCAAAGACUUUGACUGGAACUUGAAGAACGGACGGGUAUUCAUAAUCAAGAGCUACUCGGAGGACGACAUCCACCGGUCCAUCAAGUACUCCAUCUGGUGCAGCACCGAGCAUGGCAACAAGCGCCUGGACGCCGCCUACCGCUCGCUGGGGGCCAAGGGCCCGCUCUACCUGCUGUUCAGCGUCAACGGCAGUGGCCACUUCUGUGGUGUGGCCGAGAUGAAGUCCACAGUGGACUACAAUGCCUACGCAGGCGUCUGGUCUCAGGACAAGUGGAAGGGCAAGUUCGAAGUGAAAUGGAUCUUUGUCAAGGACGUGCCCAACAACCAGCUGCGGCACAUCCGCUUAGAAAACAAUGAUAACAAGCCCGUCACCAACUCCAGGGACACUCAGGAGGUGCCCCUAGAGAAGGCAAAGCAAGUGCUUAAAAUUAUUGCUACUUUCAAGCAUACCACCUCAAUCUUUGACGAUUUUGCACAUUACGAAAAGCGGCAGGAGGAGGAGGAAGCCAUGCGAAGGGUAAGCAUGGCUCUCCAGCACACUCCAUAAUAGCUGAAAGCAAUCUCUGUCCAUCUAUAGAUCUCACCGAUCCUAUCGCUCGAACAGUAUUGGAUUAGAACAUCGUCAGCAUGUCCAUUCAUUUCAAAGGGAGGGCUUUUAAUAGUGCUUGAAUUUGCAAGCCAAAUGAGUGUUGCUCUGUUAUUUGUGCUUCAAAGGUGGGCAUUGGAAAGCAUCAUUAUUUCCCAAAAAUGAAAUUAGGCCUAUAUUAGGAAGACAGUGAAUGUAGAAAUUGUAACGAAUCUAAAAUCUUUAUUGUAUUCAAUUGUCUGGAAGCUAAGACUUGUUACUUGGGCCCUUGCGAUUCAUGGAACUUUUCACCGAUGGGUUCAGAGAAAGACAUAAUGAAUUUAAUGGUAAUUGAAGGGGGGUUGUAACCUCAUAGCUUAAUACCAAAGAACUGGCACUAACUGGUGACGACAUACACCAAGCGGUUCAAACAGCAAGCAGAUGUCCCAUUAAUAGAUGUUACACUGACAUCAUUUCCUGCCCACGCAACACAAAUUAUUAAUGACCGUGCCCAUUACCUCAACAUCAGCUGCUUUUCAUCUCCAUCUGUGUUGCAUGACAGCAGAAGUGCUUUAUAAUAUAUUUGACUGCAAUACAUGUGGAUGUGAUACUGGGUUGAGUUAGACAUAAUAGAGACCUACUAGCUAGAAGAUAAAUACACAAAUUAGGGAUGCACAGUGAUAUCAGAACUAUAUUGAUAUUGGUGGAUAAUUGUUUUUAAAGUAAAUAUUCCUUCUUGCAGCACCUCAAACUCAUUUGUGGUGUAAGCCACACUCACUUUCCGUUUAUAAUUUGAAAGAAAAUAUAAAAUGUAUGGCUCACAAAUCAGUAUCAAAACGAGUGUCUGUAUUAAUCAAGACAAAACCCAUCAAAUUCAGUCAUAAAGUGAAUAGUACCCAUUCUGAAAUCUGAUUGGCUGAGCCAGGUUUGAAGUCAUUGUAAAAUAACUGAUGUACAUGCGCUUAUGAGCACACUCAACCGAAUCCUGUAUUAAGGCACGAAGACCAAGACCACGAUUGAGGCCAUUCAGAAUAUAGAUUCGAUCCGACUGAACGAGGUGGGUAGCCCUGUAAAUAAUCCAUUAAAUAGAAGAAUAAUAACCAUGUAAACGCCGUAUCUGAUUACAUUCCCAGUCUGAAAGUUUAAGUAUGUUCUGUGCAUGUGCGUCAUAGCGAAAGUUAAUAACGUUAGUGGGAGCAGAAACUGGUCUGCAGUGGAAACGAAGUUUAUGCUUUGAGCUUUAGAAGACGGCGGUGGGACGAGCGUCCAGCUUAUGUUUCUCAGAACACAACGUCUUCCUCUCAGCCUUCUUUAAUAAGGAUAUGUGAAGUACGUUUUCCUGAGUCUGACAUCAUUUUAAAGUAAUUAAAAAAAACACGAGCACUGCUCACUGCUGCUCCUCUCACGCUGACAGGAUGCUCGUUGUCAUGGUAACGUGUAUGGUACACUAAGUGGCACUAAUUUUGGAUCUGAUUACUUGUAGUGUGCAUGUAAACAGAGAUUUUCCAUCAGAUUGUUGAGUUGAGCAAGCAUUUAAACACCCCAGUCUUAACAUAUAAUCACAAUGAAUUCAGUCGGAUCGGCAAAAAUAAACAUAGCCAGUGUUCCUUGUUUGCACAGAAUGAAGUGCUGGUAGGUGGGGCCAGGCAUCAGCAUGUAUAUGACUUAAAUGAACCAAAACCAUACUAAACUUACCCUGCGCACUUACUCUUGGAGAACAUGGACAACAUAGUUGUUUUAUCUCGUGUGGAUGUUUACUUAGAUAUGGUACAUUGUUGUAGUUGUGCUGUCACCCUCUCAGAAAGUGGUUCCAAACACCACUGUUUUUAGCUGUGUGCUUCAUUUUCUAGUAGGCCUAUCCAGCCGAACAAGUUGCCUAUUGUGCCAUUGUACGUAGACUCUAACAGCUUUUAACUUAAAUGAUAAACUUGCCUAUUCAAAUGGGAACUGUUGUUUUUUUCGCUAAUGAAAUGCAAUAGAAUAAAGUUUGUUUUUUAACCAGUAAUGUUGGUAGAAAAGUUAUUUGUCCAUUAACGGUUAAUUGAUUAGUCAUUUACAUUCCUAAGCCAGCCUUAGUGACCAUUACAAAUGAAUAUUUCUCCCCUUUUUUAAAAGUGUCUUUUGGCAUCAGCAUGGACAGAUACAUAUGUGAAAAAUAUACACAUCUCUAUCGACAGAAGUCCAGUAUCGUCCCUUGUACAAGUAGUUCAGAUGGUUCAAAUGCAAGUGUCUGGGUGCAGUGGGAGUAUUAGUUGUAGAUGUGGUAAUUCUUAGGCAGUAGUAAAGGUUACACAAGCAUUUACUGUAUAUGGCAGGUCAGCACUUUGGGGAAUUGGGUUUUGCAGAGAGCCUGAUUUCCAGUACAUUUGAUUAAUAAUCUCUCCUGGAUUGCAUGGACAGUAAUGAAUUAAAGUACACCCAUUCCAAAGGCCAGUGGAUUUUUUUUUUGUCUCUUCUCUCCAGGCUCACCUUUUUGGGGGGUUGUCUUGUUCCCCUGUUUGAUUCCUAGAAAAAGAUUUAUGGAGUGUAAUUCUAAAACAUAGGCUAAGCCAGGGCAGAAUCAUAUUUCACCUCAGAGAGAAAUAUCUCUGACGGGUUCUGAAUGAUUUAAAAAGUAUUUAGUAUUGGUAGCAUGGUGUUCAUCCAAGAUAAACAUGUUUGUUGGCUUGUCUCGCUCGUUUUCCACCAUGACUUUGCGAAGAGAUUUGCCGUGACGGUACAUGCUGCACACACUGACGUUACAAAUUGCUUGGUACACACUGGGCCGACUGGAUGUAAAUGUUUGGGUGCUUGGCACAGGUAAUGUUAGGCUGUCUUUUUGAUAGGCUGUGAUUUGGAUAUACACAAACCUUUAACUUUAUCAGAUAAGCCGAAGCAUCUCCAACAACAGUUUUUGUAGGCAGUUACAUCAUUACGUAAAGCAUUUUUAUAGCUAAAAGUGUGCAUAAUGGAAAAGCUGCUGACCGUCAGUGGUGUUUUUUUUUGGGGUUUUUUUUUGCGUAUUUUCAUUUUAUUGCUUGCAAUUUGUGAUGAAAGUGGAUGGAAACUAAUUUCAUGGAAUCAUGAUGUUUUGUUUUUUGAGGUUUGAUAACUUAGAUUUAUGAUUUUUUUUUUUUUUAUUCAACGUUUCACACACUGCACUGCAGCGAAUCCAUGUAACCAGGACUGAUUAUACUAUCUUAAUGAAACAUACUGUUAGUCAGUCAGUGUUCUUUAAGUACUGUCAAUAUCCACGAUAUGCUCAAAGAACAUUUUGCGAGCAUGUGACGUGAUUUAUCAUGAUGAAUAUUAGGACAGGACAGUAUAACAUUUAUUGUUAUCAUGAUAAGUUACUGUAUGUCACAAUAUGCUUCUCUGAGUAUAUGGUAUCUAUUGUACGUACUUAAAGAACAAUAACAACUGCAUAUUUAAUUAGAAAGAAGCGUAGUUAGUCCUGUUUACUUGGAUUUAUUGAAGCACACAGUAUGUGAUGUUGAAGUAAUUGUAUUCAUAGUAUUUUUUGAAUCUGACACUGCUUGUUCUUUUUUGUUUGUUCCACCUUACAAUAUGUCAAAAAAAUAUUGAGACAGGUUUUGUAUCGUGACAUUAUAUUUUCCAUAUCACCCACCUGUAAUGAAUAUUGUCACUGGCGGCCACUUAUCACAGUUGGUUGGGUGGAGAUGAUGGCAAGAAUAUCACAGUGCUUCACGACACUUUCACGAUACACAAUAUCAGUCACAGUAUUUAUUGUUUCUGAGGUUUGAUAAAUUGGAAUGGAUUAAAAAAAAA